AUGUCGAGCCCGCUAAUGAGUAAUCACUCUUCUACAAGUGUUAUUUCAUCAUACCAAUCAACUCCAGAGAAACCAAUUUCAUUACCAUACCCUAAGGUCAAUGGUUCAAAUUUUAGCAUAGAAUUAUCCAAUACUAGAUCUACAGUCAUUCAACUACUCAAUAAUAUUAGUACCAAGAGAGAGGUAGAACAAUAUUUGAAAUAUUUCACAUCCGUUUCUCAACAACAAUUUGCUAUAAUAAAAGUUGGUGGUGCUAUCAUUAGUGAUAACUUACCAGAAUUAGCGUCAUGCCUAGGGUUCCUCUAUCAUGUAGGGUUGUUCCCAAUCAUUUUACAUGGAACUGGCCCACAAGUGAAUGAAAAAUUAGAAUCGUUGGGUAUUGAACCAACUUAUAUCGAUGGUAUCAGAGUAACUGAUCCCACAACUAUGAGUGUAGUUAGAAAAUGUUUUCUAGAACAAAAUUUGAAAUUAGUGUCUGCUUUAGAAAAAUUGGGAGUUCGUGCGAGACCCAUUACUUCAGGUGUUUUCAACGCAGAAUAUCUAGAUAAAGAUAAAUAUAACUUGGUUGGUCAAAUUACAAGUAUUACUAAGGAUCCAAUUGAGGCUUCUAUCAAAGCUGGUGCAUUACCGAUCUUAACUUCAUUAGCAGAGACCGAAUCUGGUCAAAUGUUAAACGUUAAUGCCGAUGUUGCAGCAGGUGAAUUGGCCCGUGUCUUUGAACCUUUGAAAAUUGUUUAUUUAAAUGAAAAAGGUGGUAUAAUAAAUGGCGAAACAAAGGAAAAGGUAUCAAUGAUUAAUCUGGAUGAAGAAUACGAUGAAUUAAUGAAGCAAAGUUGGGUUAAGUAUGGUACAAAAUUAAAAAUCAAAGAAAUUAAAGAAUUAUUAGAUUAUUUACCUCGUUCAUCUUCCGUCGCUAUUAUUAACGUCCAAGAUCUACAGAAAGAAUUAUUCACUGAUUCAGGUGCUGGUACGAUGAUUAGAAGAGGUUAUAAGUUAUUGAAACGAAAUAAACUAAGAGAAUUUUCAUCAUUAGACCUUUUAAGAAAUGUCCUAGAAAAUGAUUCUGAUCUUGCUAACGAUAAACAGUCAGUCGCAUCAUACCUACAUGAAUUAGAAUCUGCUAAGUUUGUCACGUAUUCCGACGAACCAAUGGAGGCCCUUGCUAUUAUCAGAAACAAUUUCAAAGUUCCUCAAUUAGAAAAAUUUAUUUGCUCUCCAGCUGCUUGGUUAAAUAACGUGACAGAUAACAUCUUCAGCGCACUAAAACGUGAUUUUAACUGUUUGCAAUGGAUUGUAUAUGAAGACGAUCCAAAUAUUGCUUGGUACUUUGAUAAAUCUGAUGGUUCCUACCUCCAUGAUGGCAAAGUUUUAUUUUGGUAUGGUGUUGAUGAACUGAACACAAUCUCAGAUUUAAUUUCUGAUUUUGUCCAAGAAUCCACUACUGCUAAUACUAAAACGAAAGGGGACAAUUCGAAUGUUGUUGGGCAAAUAAGUCAUCCUCAUGUAUCCACACCUAAACCUAUUGGAAUAAACAACAAAAUUAGUCGUGUGGCACUAAUUGGUGCGAGAGGUUAUACCGGAUCGAAUAUCGUAUCUUUGAUCGACAAGCACCCUUUUUUUGAAAUUACCCAUGUUUCAUCUAGGGAAUUGAAAGGUGAAAAACUAAAUGGUUAUAACAAAGCAGACAUCAUUUAUGAAAAUUUAUCAAUUGAAGAUAUUCAAGAACUAGAAUCUAAUAAUGAAGUUGAAUUUUGGAUCAUGGCAUUACCAAACAAUGUCUCUGAACCAAUUGUCAAGGCAAUUGAAGCGGUUGGUAAUGGUCAUUCCAAGAUUCUUGAUCUUUCUGCAGACCACAGAUUCGUUUCGGAAGAUGAUUGGGCAUAUGGAUUACCAGAAUUAAAUAAUAGAAACAAGAUUUCACAAAGUCAAAAGAUAUCUAAUCCUGGUUGUUACGCCACUGGAUCCCAAUUGGCUCUCUCACCAUUAACUGAAUUUAUGGAUGGCAUUCCAUUUGUAUUUGGCGUUUCCGGUUAUUCAGGCGCAGGCUCCAAACCAUCUCCAAAGAAUGAUCCAAAAAUUUUAAAUGACAAUAUCAUUCCUUAUGCCUUAACUGAUCACAUACAUGAACAUGAAAUAUCAUCACGUAUUGGUAAGAAAAUUGCAUUUAUGCCACACGUUGGUCAAUGGUUCCAAGGUAUUUCACUUACCGUUUCUAUUCAUUUACGAAAAAGUUCAUUCACUUCAAAUGAAGAAAUCAGCGAACUGUACAAGACUUUCUAUCAAGAUGAGAAACUAGUUCAUGUCAUAGACGAUAUUCCAUUAGUCAAGGACAUCAAGGGAACUCAUGGCGUUGUUAUUGGUGGAUUCAAAUUGAACGAUGCUAAGGACCGUGUUGUAGUAUGUGCUACUCUCGAUAAUCUCUUGAAAGGCGCUGCUACACAAGCAAUCCAAAAUAUGAACCUAGCCAUGGGAUACGGUGAAUACGACGGUAUUCCUGACGAUAAAAUUAUACAUUAA